UAAAGAGUCGUUAAAUAGAGCUCAGCUGAUUUCAUAUUUGUGGAUUCCUGAUUUCUCAAAUGGAUUUGCCUCCAGAGAUCAGUGUUUUUAUUCUGUCUCUGACAGCACCUUUUAUUCUCUACACAAUCAACCAUGUGUCCUUCCUACAAGAUCCACAGGUUAUACUGGCAAUAGGCAUUAUGGUUCUUACAACGAUAUUUCUCCUGGCAAACCUCAGUGUCAAGAGUAAAAAAUCUACCGACCCUCUCUUCUACGUGUUUGCCGUGUUUUCCUUCACCUCUGUUGUCAGCAUCACCAAUGCACUGCAGCACCACGGAUUUAUCAAGGGCUUCAUGGACUUUUAUAUAAGCAAGGGAGAGCCGUACCUCAGCACGGCCCACGGCAUCAUGAUGAGCUACUGGGACGGCGUCGUUCACUACGGUCUGCUCCUCAUCAUGGCCCACCACAUGACUGCAGGGAAGCCGUUUCGCAGUUUAGCUCUCGUAUGGGCCGGAUCCAUGAUCGCCAGUGAGAUCGUCUUAAUCACAGGCGUUGUAGUAGGUAAAUAUGGAAAAAACCUCCUCCCUGCUUUCUGGAGAAACGCCCCUUCUCUGGUUUUACCCAUAUGGGCGGCAGCAAAGCUUCUCAACAGGCCGAGAGAGCUGUCAAUCAUUCCUGCUGACAAGGUGGAGGUGGAGCAGAAGAAAACGCUGCUGUCUCGUCCCACAGACCUGCUGCUUACGCUGGGCCUCAUGGGAAGCAUCAUCUUCACUGCGUUCAGAGGCUUUGUUGUUCUCGAAUGUUCUCUGGAUUUUUGUUUUACAUACAUCUUCCAGUACGAGCCUUACAUGAAAGACAGCGUCGGCUUUCCAAAAGUCACGAUGCUGGUGUUCCUCUUCUAUGUUUUGCCGCUCUUGACGGCAUGUGUUUAUGGGCUUUACACUCCUGGAUGCACAUGGAUGUUGGACUGGACGCUGGUCCUCGCAGGAGCUGUAGCUCAGAUGCAGUGGACUCACCUGGGCGCGUCUGUUCACUCGCGCACACCGUUCACCUACCGCAUCCCUAAAGACGAGUGGAGGCAGGUGGUCACGCUGAACCUGCUGUACACAGCCGUGCCCGUCCUCCUCGCCGUCCGCUGCUACAUGGACCAGACCUUCUUCAUGAAGAACGUUCCUCAGGAGCAGGCCAGCAACGGCAAGAAGAACAAUUAAAAUCAUCAACAUCCACGUGCAAGAACAUGCAUGUGUCCUCUUUACAGGACAGUGAAGUGUUUCAGCUGAAACCGCCAUAAAUUAUUUGUAAAAGCAUCAAUGUAUCAGUGACUAUAUCUGUGUUUUUAAAAUGUCCAGCGAGCCUUUCGGUCUGAUCAGGCUGAUCCCAGCUAACAAAAAUCUUCUAAGAACAUUUUGCUUCGUUCCCAUUAAGUUCAAACGUUCAAAACGUCCAGUUAAAAAUGUUACGUUAAUGGAACAUUCCAUUGUAUCAUUUUGCAACAUUAAGGAAAUGUUACUUUUGAAUGUUCUGUGAAGAUUCUAAAACAAGUUGUAACAUUUACAAAAACGUCAGACAAACUUAAAAGGUCUAUUAACAAUGUAUAAAUAACGUUUUUGUGCUACCAUCUUUAUUAGAUAACUUUGAACGAACGUUUGUUCAUACAUUUUGAGAGAAACUAGCCAGAACAUUCUGAGAACAUUCCCUGUCUGCUGGGAUUUUUCUCAAACAUUUAGAAGACGUUAGACUAAAGCGUUUCAGAAAAAAGUUCCAUGAACAAUGAGAACGGAACUGGAAGAACGUUUGUUCAUAACAUUGAGAGAAUCUUGUUGGAACAUUCCAUGUAAGCUGGGAUAUUAUAAGCAGAUACAAGACUUUGGGCCUAUUUUUUUUUCAAAUUCAAGCAGUAAAUUCUUUUUCUGUGCUAGAUUAUAUGCAUUUUUUUCAUUGUCAGUAUCAGUGUGAUUAGAAUGAUAUUAGAUGCCUAAUUUUAUUUAUUUUAUUAUAAGCAUGGUACUGUGUGAACGGUAUGGAUUUGAAAUAUUAUAAUUGAUAAUUGUCGAUUGUUGGUAUCGACCAAAAUGUCAGUCAUCCGAGUUUCUAUUUCACAUGGUGUUUUGCAGCUUUGUUCAAGUGUAAAGUGUGUGAAACAGUUCAAACUACUCAUCUCAACCAGGUUUAUCUCUCGUCAGUUGGUGAAAUCUCAAUAAAUAUGGACUCUGGA